GUAAACUUUGAUUUUUUUGUUUCAAACUUCAUACCCAGUAGGUAUAAGGUGUAAAAAUUUGCAUGGUUUAGUUUUAUAUAUGAAGGGCAUGUUAUAUACUGUGGAGGUAUCUCCUUCAAACACCUUUGCAUCAGAUGACUUGUAGGUAUGGGUUUCAAGUAUCUCUGCUGGUGGCUAUUGUUAUUGUGUGUGUUUUGGCUUGGUUUGGAUCAUUGACUUUUGCAACUUCUAGUGAUGGGUUAAUGAGGGUUGGUCUAAAAAGGAGGAAUUUAGACCUUCAGGGUCUUAAAGCUGCAAGAAUCAAAGAGGCCGUUCAUCACAGGGAUUUAAGGGGUGUUAAUGAAACUUGUUGUGAUGAAGAUAUAGUAUAUCUUAAGAAUUAUUUUGGGGCACAAUUUUUUGGGGAGAUUAGUAUUGGUUCACCUCCUCAAUACUUCAAUGUUGUGUUUGACACUGGAAGCUCAAAUCUUUGGGUCCCAUCUUCCAAAUGCAUCUUCUCGAUCGCUUGCUAUUUUCAUGCCAAGUAUAGGUCGAAGAUAUCUAGCACCUAUACCGAAAUUGGAACACCUUGCAAAAUUCCUUAUGGCCAAGGAUCUAUUUAUGGAUUCUUCAGCCAAGAUAAUGUACAAGUUGGGGAUAUCAUCAUCAAAGAUCAAGAAUUUGCUGAGAUUACUAGGGAAGGAUCUUUGGCACUUUCAGCGCUUCCAUUUGAUGGCAUACUUGGACUCGGAUUUCAGGAUACUUCAGUUGGAAAAGUCACACCAGUGUGGUAUAAUAUGAUAGAACAAGGGCACAUAUGUCACAAAAUUUUCUCUCUUUGGCUAAAUCAAGACCCAACAGAAGAGAUGGGGGGUGAGAUUGUCUUUGGUGGUAUUGACUACAGGCAUUUUAGAGGUGACCACACAUAUGUUCCUCUUUCUCAAAAGGGUUAUUGGCUGAUUGAUGUGGGAGAUAUUCUACUUGCAAAUAACUCAACAGGGUUAUGUGAGAGUGGCUGUACUGCAAUAGUGGACUCAGGGACAUCUUUAAUUGCUGGUCCAACUAGUGUUGUGACUCAAAUUAACCAUGCCAUUGGAGCAGAAGGAUAUGUUAGUUUUGAGUGUAAAAACAUUGUCCAUAACUAUGGGGAUUCAAUAUGGGAAUCCUUGAUUUCCGGGUUAAAUCCUGACAUUUUAUGCAUUGACAUUGGACUCUGUUCACUGGAUGAAUUUUAUACAAUAGAUGAUGUUAUUGAAACAGUGGUACAUAAUCAAAGUUGGAAAGGAUCACGAACAAGGGAGAGUCCCUUGUGUACUUUUUGCAAUAUGAUUGUCCUUUGGAUCCAAGUUCAGCUUAAGCAAAGCAAUGUAAAGGAAAAAGUAUUAAAAUAUGUGGAUGAGCUGUGUGAGAAGCUGCCAAAUCCCCCCGGACAAUCAUUUAUAAACUGCAAUAGUAUUGCAACUAUGCCACACAUUACAUUCACGAUUGGAAACAAAUCCUUUUCCAUCUCUCCAGAACAGUAUAUUCUUCGAGUUGAAGAAGGCUGCUCUACUGUCUGCUAUGGUGGUUUUGUUGCUAUAGAUGUGCCUCCCCCGCAAGGUCCCUUCUGGGUUCUUGGAACUAUUUUCUUGGGGGCAUAUCAUACAGUGUUUGAUUAUGACAAUCUCCGAAUAGGAUUUGCAGAAGCUGCAUAGUCAUAGUUUGGUGUCAUUACUAUGCUAAAUUCUUUGUGAAUAAAAGAAAAGGAGGUCUAAAUGAUUCACUACAGCAAAUAGUAAUAGCAGUCCCUCAGAAUUUGUCUCUUGUAAAUGGGGAUUGGUAUUUUAUGAAUAAAAUUUGUGAUAUUUGUUCACAAGGAUGAAACUGCGAGGAAAGCCAUAUAAGAGCAUAACUUUCAGGAGAAAAAAAUGUAUAUUCAACUCCAUUUUUUUUA